UUCAACUCAUCGGUAAUAUCGCUCACUUCACAGUCGUGACCAGAAGAACGAGCCGAGCUAACGUAUCGGAAACGUUAUAAUACCAGUGCAGUCAAAGCAGCCAACGGCUGUCGACCAAGGAAAAGCGAAAAUACCAGUAUAUCUAUUGAUACCUGUUUAUCAACUAUAAAAGUAAUAUUGUGAGUUGAUGUAAAGCUAGCCAGGGUAGAUCGCCGUACACUACAGCUAAUUGCUAUAUGCUAGUUAGCAUCACGUAGCUAGCCUUUGCUCUAUCUUCGACAACCGGUCCCUACGCACUAGCAGAAUGGCCUUAAAACGAAUUCACAAGGAGCUGAACGACCUGGGCAGGGACCCUCCUGCACAGUGUUCCGCUGGCCCGGUUGGAGACGACAUGUUUCAUUGGCAAGCUACAAUUAUGGGGCCUAAUGACAGCCCAUACCAAGGUGGUGUUUUUUUCCUGACUAUUCACUUCCCCACAGACUAUCCCUUCAAACCACCUAAGCUUGCGUUCACCACAAGAAUUUAUCACCCAAAUAUUAACAGUAACGGCAGCAUCUGCCUGGAUAUUUUGAGAUCACAGUGGUCUCCAGCAUUAACUAUCUCUAAAGUACUUUUGUCCAUUUGUUCACUCUUAUGUGACCCCAACCCUGACGACCCGUUAGUGCCAGAGAUCGCCCGUAUCUACAAAACAGAUACGGAAAAGUAUAAUAGACUAGCGAGAGAAUGGACAGAAAAGUACGCUAUGCUUUAGGGUACAACAGAAUAGCCCGGGAAUGGACUCAGAAGUACGCCAUGUGAUAAUCGGUCAUGGUCGUAUCAACUUGCAUUAUAGCUGGGAAAAAACUAUAAAUUACUGUUUUUUGUUUUUUUUGCCCAUUCGGCCGCAACCCCUUACCAUCAGCAAAUAACAGUAAUUGAUUCUUUGUUUUGCCCCCCUAAAUGUAUUCACAUCCUCUUAACAAGGACAAAUGUCUCCAAUAGCCCUUUUUUUCCCCUUUACAAAAUAUGCCAAUUGCUCUGAACUCUCAGUGAAGCAUGUCUGUAUAAAGCCAACCACAGCCACUUUGUGAAGAGCUCUUGAUUGCUCUGAAUUCACGCAGGAGGUGCCAACUAAAAAUAAAGAUUCUCAAUGCCACCAUUUCUUUAUUGAGAGAAUCAACAUGGUUCAAUCACACUUUUCCAAUAGCAUUAGAGAACUGAUGUCUGUGAAUAUCAUACACUUAAUCUUAAAGUUAAGAUUCGCCUAUUUUGAAUGUUCUAAUGAUUCCCGGGUCAUUCCAUGUGUAUCUGAGCUACCGUUCCAUCAGGCAGAAAUACAGCCGGUGCAAAACCUGUCAUACCGGCCUGAUUGAACGGCAAUAGCUCAGAUACACAUGGAAUGACGCAGGAAUCGAUAGAUCAGAGAUGCACAAAAACUUUAACAUUCAAAAUGGGUGAAUCUUAACUGUUUUGAAUGGAGAAUUGCUGAAGUAAAUAAGAAAUAUUUUAUGCAUGUUAAUAAGAUAAAUAAUUGGUUUGUGCUGCUGAGAAUGGAUUGAGAGCAAAUGUGUUCACUUUGAUAUUUUGUUACUUUUUGUUCUUAGAAUGUGGAGCCAUUAGUUAAUCAUCAUCCAUAACACUGUUCUCUUUUGCACUGAAUACGUUAUUCAAAGUUCUCAAUGGCUGACCGAUCAACUAAUAGCUCUGCUAUUUAAUGGCUACUUUUUUUUUUCUCAAUAAAGUUGAACAAAACUA